CGGGGAACCGCCGCGAUCUCGGGCUUCCCUGGUGGACCCUAACCCAGCCGCUUGUCUCCUGCCAUCGGCGCCACCCAUCGCCUGGCCGGGUCCCGAUUUCCUGACUGACUGACCAGGCCCCGACUGACGGACGGGACUGUGUGACUGACACGCUGACAGCCCGGGCCAGAAGGACGGACUCCCACGCAUGGCUCGUGGCAGGAGCAGGGUAGACAAAGGCUCCGACAUCCAUGCGCCGCACCCUUUUCCUAUCUUCUUUUUCUCCUACCUCUUCUCCUUCCUCGGAGGACUCGAGCCGCCGCACACGCCAGUGGACAUGCCCCACGUAGAAUGCAAGGACCAGGAGCUGCAGCCGCUGGGGGAGAGCAAGGAACGGCAGCAGUGCGAGGAGAGCCGCGAAGACGAAGCUGGUCGGGGGUCGGCUAGUCAGGUUUCUAGCCCCUCUAUCGCCACCUCCAGUGCCAACCGCCAGCUGAUGAUGCUAGAAGGGAAGUCAGGAUCCUACUUUUCCUCUCUCGAGUCAAGCAUCGACAACCUGAAGAAGAGGGCCCAGGAGCUGAUUGAAAACAUCAACGAGAGCAGACAGAAGGACCACGCACUCAUGACCAACUUCAGGGACAGCCUCAAGAUCAAGGUUUCAGACCUGACAGAAAAGCUAGAGGAGAGGAUGUAUCAGAUUUAUAAUCACCAUAACAAGAUCAUUCAGGACAAGCUCCAAGAGUUCACCCAGAAAAUGACAAAGAUCAGCAAUUUGGAAACAGAGCUCAAACAAGUGUGCCACACCGUGGAGACCGUGUACAAAGACCUGUGCAUCCAGCCUGAGGCUACUACUUUGGAAGAAGAACAGGCCCACAAAGAUGGCGAAUGCUGAGAGCUACCGGGAGAGAGUCCCCUCUUGGUGACAGCCACCAAGAGAAAGCUAAGAGGCCACCAUUUGGGCCAUGCCGAGAAAAUUGUUUUUCACAGUUCUGUAAUGCAUCUUGGCAAAAAAAAAAAAAAAAAAAAAAA